UUUGUUGCUGCGCGCGGCCUUUCUCUAGUUGCAGCGAGCGGGGACUACUCUCUGUUGCAGUGUGCGGGCUUCUCAUUGCGGUGGCUUCUCGUGUUGCAGAGCACGGGCUCUAGGCGCAUGGGCUUCAGUAGUUGUGGCACACGGGCUUGGUAGCUGUGGCUCGUGGGCUCUAGAGUGCAGGCUCUGUAGUUGUGGCACACAGGCUUAGUUGUUCCGUGGCACAUGGGAUCUUCCCAGACCAGGGAUCGAACCUGUGUCCCCUGCAUUGGCAGGCGGAUUCUUAACCACUGCGCCACCAGGGAAGUCCCCAGUAGUUCUAUUUUUAAUUUUUUGAGGAACCUCCAUAGUGGCUGCAUGGGGUGACCUUAUUUAUCAGUCAGUAUGUGCUUUCUCAGGAGCAGCCCCUGAGCUUGGUGACCCUGGGACCCAGGGAAGAGUCCGUCUGGCCCUGCCUCAGGGGCUAACCUUGGACAGCUGAGAGCGUGGGUCCCUGAGGUCACAAGGCCCUUCAGCGUGAUUCCCAGGGCCUCACUCACUCAGGUGAGACUCCACUGCUGUCCCGGAGGGACCUUUCUCACAACAGAGCAGGCUUCUCUGCCUCUUUUGAGACUCGGCUCUGGCCCAGGUCUUCUGGGAAAUCUUUCCUGCCGCUGCUGGGCUAGUCAGUCCUUAAAUGGAAGGAUGGGUGGGUGGAAGGUGAUGCUGUGACCAGCUCCAGGGCCAGACAGACGCCAGUGUGAGUUCAGCCCCUGCCACUUAUUAGCUGGGUGAUUUGGGGCAAGGCCUUCACAUUCUCCAUCUGCAAAAUGGGGGCAAUAAUGCUGAUUACACAGGACCGGUCAUCCUAUAAAUUUUCUGUCAGUGCCAACCAGCAUGCUGGGCUCUGUGUAUGUGGCCUCUUGCAACGCUCAAAUUCUAGCAAGGGAAAUCAGCGCCCAGACAUGGGAAGACCAGAUCUUAUUAAACGCUGAGAUGAAAUUAAUACGGUGACAUGACAGUAACUGCAGGGGAGGGUGUGUAGGUGAUUCAGGGAGGCUGUCCAAGGAGGGAAGGAUGGCAUCUGGGCCUCAGAGGUGAGAAGGAGCCAGCGGAGCAAAGGUGGAGGUAGAGAAUGGCAGUACCAAGGCCCUGAGGUUGGGCCAGCCUUGAGUCUUAGAAGAUCAUCAGUGUGUGGCAGACAGGCAUGGCUGUGCGCCAGUAAAACUUGACUUAAACAAACAGGCUGCAGGGACUUCCCCGGUGAUCCAGUGGUUAGGACUCUGCCCUUCCAAUGCAGGGGGUGCAGGUUCAAUCCCUGGUCGGGGAACUAAGAUCCCACAUACCACACAGUGUGGGAAAAAACAAACAAGCAAACAAGAAAAGACAAAGCAAAACCCAGGCUGCAGGCCAGUGGCUCCUGAAGGUUUUAAACUCAGGACCCCUUUAUACUUUAAAAUUUUUUUGAAGACCCCCCCAAAGCACUUUUGCUUACAGGAAUUACAUUUAUUGGUAUGUGUCAUGUUAGAAACUAAAGCUGAGAAAAUUUCAAAAUAUUAAUGCAUUUAGAAAUUGCAGUAAUCAACUUUCCAUAUGUUAAGAUUUAAAUUACACUUUUUUUGUUAAUUUUUUUUAAUUUGUGUGUAGUUGAUUUACAAUGUUGUGUUAGUUUCAGGUGUACAGCAAGGUGAGUCCAUUAUACAUGCAUAUAUGGCCACUCUUUUUCAGAUUCUAGUCCCAUAUAGGUCAUUACAGAGUAUUGAGUAGAGUUCCCUGUGCUAUACAGUAGGUUCUUAUUAGUUAUAUAUUCUAUAUAUAGUAGUGUGUAUAUGUCAGUCCCAAUCUCCUGAUUUAUCCCCCCCCAGCAAAUGACAGUUUAUUUUAUUUAUUUUUUAAAAAUAACACUUUUUAAAUGAAAAAUAACCAUGUUUCCCCAAACGAAAAGCUGGAAACAUGGCAUCAUUGUCUUGCACAUCUCAGUGUCUGACUUGAACAGCUGGGUUCUCCCAUCUGCCUCUGCUCGCAGCCUGUGGCCUCUGGAAGGCCCCAGCAUACACUCAGGAGAGAAUGACAGUGAAAGAGGCUGGGAACCUGUGUUAGGAAAAUAGUUCUGACCUCGAGGUACCCCCCGGAAGGAUCUUGGGGAUCCCAGGGGUCCCCAGCCCAUUCGAGGACCACAGUUCUAGGCCGGGGUUUCUUAGGGGCUGGGUCUUUCUCUGCUGGGGGGCCGUCCUGUGCACUGUAGGGUCCUUAGCAGCACCCCCAGCCUCCACCCACCGGAUGCCAGCAGCACCGCCACCCCCAUACAACAAGACCUUUCUAGGUGCCUCCCCGGGGUAACAUCACCCCUGGUCGAGAGCCACUGCUUUGCGUCACCCCGCGACUGAAGCCGCUGCACGUCUGUUUCCUCCUUCAGGAAGGGGAGGAGGAAGUGGAGGGCACACGGCUUCCUGGGGGCGCCGGGGCGCAGGUCUUAGAAAAGGAGAAUGGGGAGAACGGAUAAGGGGGGCCUCUUGCAGUCUCUCGCGUUUCUCUGUACGCAGACGUGAUUGGGGGCCCCUGAGCGUCGUGGCCUGCUGGGCGGCCGUGACAACACCACCGACCAGGCAGCUUCAACAACAGACGUUUAUUCCUCGCAGUUCUGGAGGUUGGGCGUCCGGGAUCAGGUGCAGCCAGGCUCGGUGUCUGGUGAGGGCCUCUUCCCGGCUUGCAGAUGGCUGCUUACUGCGGUGUCCUCACACUCAGGGGAGACAGAUCUCCGCUUCCUACGAAGACGCGCUGCCGUCCCGCCGGCCCCAUGGAGGCCCCGGCCGCCCAGCCUGUGAAGCAGGAGUGCCGGGCCGCCGAGGGCCUGACCCUGGACUCGCCGUGGCACCGCUUCCGUCACUUCCACCUGGGCGACGCCCCGGGACCCCGCGAGGCGCUGGGCCUGCUGCGCGCCUUGUGCCGGGACUGGCUGCGGCCCGAGGUGCACACCAAGGAGCAGAUGCUGGAGCUACUGGUGCUGGAGCAGUUCCUGAGCGCCCUGCCCGCUGACCUCCAGGCCUGGGUGUGCAGCCGGCGGCCCCAGAGCGGGGAGGAGGCCGUGGCCCUGCUGGAGGAGCUCUGGGGACCAGCAAUGAGGGCACCUCGGGAUGCGGCAGAAGGCUCCGGGGUCGGCGUGGGAAAGGAAGACGGUGGGGUAACGCCCUCAGGAGACGCGGCCCCCGGGGCUGAGGAACUGGCGACGGGGGACGCCCAGGCCGCGCGCCCUUACAAGCAGGAGCCGGGCAGCCCCCAGCCAGCGCCACCGCCCCCACCGGCGCCCGGCCUGCCCGCCUUCCUGGCGGCCCCGGGCUCUGCGUCCUGCCCCGAGUGCGGCAAGGCCUCGCUGAAGCCGGCGCACCUGCUGCGCCAUCGGCAGAGCCACUCGGGCGAGAAGCCGCACGCCUGCCCCGAGUGCGGCAAGGCCUUCCGGCGCAAGGAGCACCUGCGGCGCCACCGCGGCACGCACCCCGGCGGCCCGGGUCCGGCCCUGCGCCCGCUGCCUGCGCGCGAGAAGCCACACGCCUGCUGCGAGUGCGGCAAGACCUUCUACUGGCGCGAGCACCUGGUGCGCCACCGCAAGACGCACUCGGGCGCGCGGCCGUUCGCUUGCUGGGAGUGCGGCAAGGGCUUCGGGCGCCGCGAGCACGUGCUGCGCCACCAGCGCAUCCACGGGCGCGCGGCGGGCGCGGGCGGGGCGGCGGCGCCGGGCCCCGAAGGCGGGGGUCCCUUCCCGCCCUGGCCGCUGGGGUAGCCCCCGCCCCGCCGUGCAACCCCUCCCGUUCCUCACCGGCUCCUCUGCCCCCUGUCUCUCUCCUCCACCGGCCCCUCCUUUGUCCGAACCUCCUGGUGCCCUAGAGCUUUCUGUUCCUUACCAACUCUCACUUUAUGUCCCAAACCUCACUCCUGUUCGGAUCUCACGCCGUCCUCGUCCUCGCAGUCUCUCCCGCCUAUAGAAGGAGACUCCGCAGUCCUUCCCUCUCCCGGGUGGGGGGCAGGACUGGCCAGGAGCAGCAGGCGGGGCCCCUGGUCUAGAGGAGGCUGGAGGAAGGGGACUGGGUCUUGUUCCCAGGAGACACCCCCCAGGACGGAGUGGAGGACGGCUCUGACAGGACAUCCCCCCCAGGAGGCACCCCCCCCCCAGGAGACACCCCCCAGGGCGGAGUCGGGGACGGCUCCGCCAGGACAGACCUGGGUUCUGGCAGUGGGCUCCCUGGUCUGGCUUGUCUCUCUGCGAGCCAGAAGGCAUGGGAUGGACAGAGAUGCCUGCCCGUGGGAAGCGUGUCGGAGACGACAGUUCACCAGCAUCUGGAGAGUAAUAAAGCCACUGAUAAGUUGUGCAGACCCCAAGUGCCGUGCGUUCUGUCCUGGGGGCCGCCCUCCCCAAGCUGCCCAGGAUGGGAGGGGCAUUGUGGGCCCCACCUCAGACCUUCCCAGCUGGCAGGGCCCUGGGCCCAGGGGGCUGGUUCCUUGUCCUUGAGCCUAGAGAU